AUGCAAAAACCUCCAAGAAACAUUGAAGAAUUCCUAAAGUUUCAAAAUUGGGAUUAUUGGCCAAGGGAAAUCCAUUUUGGAGAUAGUGAUGAAUGGUUACACACUGUGAAGAAAAUAAAAGAAGAUAGUUCAUUUACUUCAAUUUAUACACAUCUGUGGGGAACUGUCCCUCGAAUACAUGAUGCAGUCAUGGCCAUGGAGUCAAGAUUAGGGGAAUGUUCAGUCCUUUUGAAAAGCCAUGCCUCUAAAAUAUUUGAGUGGAGGAGCAUAAUUUUUGAUACAAGUUCUAAAGGAAAUUUGGAAAGAUACAAGGCAUUUCUAAGGAAGUACCAUAGGGGAAAGAAGAUAAUGCUUUCACAUGAAAUGGAGACAAAGAAGACUGUAGAGGGUUGCAGCUUCUCAGGAUUCAAAACAAAUGAGCUUACUCAACUACCCAGACAUUUGGAUGCUGAACGAAUUUAUCUUUUUAUUUUAAAAGCCCAUAACUUUGAUGAAAAGGUUUUCAAAAUCUGGAAGACCCAUUUUCUCUCAGAAGCCUCUAUUGCUCUUUUACAUGAUUCCUUUUGGUGGUGGUUUCUGCAUAAAUUUAAGCCUGACAGAGAAAAUCAAGAUUCCUUGUUUGACAGAAUUUCAGAAAGUUAUGUGAUACUUUUCAUGAGCAUCCCUACAAGUCGAAAAGAUGCAUUCCUUCAGGUGUAUCCUGAUUGUUUGGCACAGGCCAUCUAUGCAACAUUCCAGGAAGCAUUUCCAGAAUCGAGUAAUUUUUUUAAUGAUGAAUUUAAAGAGGAUCUGGGGAAUAAUAUUUUUCUUUGGUUGUCAGGUUUAAAACCUCAAAAAGGCUUUUGGACUCACUGGAAACUAAAAGAGCUCACCACAACAACCAUACAUGGUACUAAAAAAGCACCUUCAAUAUCUAUAAAGGACAGGAUUGAAAGGAGUCAGACACGUAUAACGGCUGCUAUAGACUUCAAUAUGACAAAAAUUUUAAAGAACCCAAGAGCAUAUACAAUGCCCACAUUCAAGGAAGAAUCAACUGUAUCAAGACUAACAACAAAGUCCCAUUAUAUUAGCACUGGUCCAGAGUUUAACCGUGUGCUUUUCAAUUUUGGAGGUCAGAGUCCACUGAUUUUAUAUUACCUUAAGAUGCAUGAGUUAGCUGGUAUUUCCAAAGCCCCUAGACAAACCAAGAUGAAACUUACUGAAGUAUCGCAAGAACCAUCACCUGCUCCAACUUACCGUGAUGUUAUAAAAGAGGCAAAAAGACAAUUUGCAAGGAACCAAAAGGAAUUUCGGAUACUCCAGGCAAAGGCUACCAAAAAACCUUAUGAAGUUAAGAAUGACUUUGAGAAUUUCCUCCAUAAACUGCGUUCUGAAGCUCGAGCCAAGAAAGAGUUUCUGGCAUCACUCUCAUCAUCAUCAUCAACAGAAGACUACAACUAUGAAGAAGAAGAAAGUCCAGAGAAACCAGAAAUGAACUGUGUUUAA